CGCGGUGCGGGCCGGGAGGGAGGGCCUGGGGGCCGCGUCCUCAGGCGGCCUUUGUUCCGAGGCGCCCGGAAGGCCCUGCCGCCUCUGGACCGAGGAGUCGGGGCCUGUCCGGGAGCAGGGCGCGGGUGGAUCGGGAAAGGAGGGGCGGAUACCCAGCGGGUUGAUACACGGGUUUCUGCCCCAACCCCUCGUCGCACAGUUGAAGUCCUUCAGAUCCCGGGGGAAUGGAAGCGGAGGGAUGCUUUUGGCAGAGGCAACGGCACGUGCAGACUCGGCUUGUUGGAGGCAUUGCCAAGAAUUCGCUCGGUGGUCUUUGACCAGAGGAGGGUCCCCGCGUUAGGAGUGAACAGGCUCCCUCUGGCUGUCGCCCGGGGAAUAGACCGGGAGGUGGGGGACCAGGGGAGGUCACUGCAUCAGCCCAAGCCAGCGGUGUGGAGGGCAGUGGAGGUGUAUGAAGUGAUCUGAGGGGUCAGAUGUGGGGCGUACAGGAACGGGGUGGGGGCUUUGGUUCCAGCAAAGUUAGUUUGGACUUAAAGAGCCAGCGGGGGUGAGUCUGAGACCUCAGUAGGCCCUGAGGGUUAAGGCAGGCCUCACUCUGGGGCUGUGGGGCUUGGUCCCGACUCUCCGACCCUAGACUGGAAAUGUGUGGCCUGGGUGUGGGAUGAGCCAGGUAUCCCUUUCGUGUUUGAUAGAGGAGAAACUGAGGCUGAGUGAGCAUGGAGCCUAGUUGGUGGUGAACUAGCUAGCAGAGCUUCUCAGAUUCCCAGAGUCCCUUGGGGGGUGAUAACCCCUCUUUCUGGUGCCCAGGAGUGGGAAAUGCUGGGAUUAUGAGGUUACAGUUUGACAAGCAUCCGGGUUGCUCAGCCAUGCUCCACUUGCACCCGCCCAGUCACACACCCCUGUGCAGGCCACACAGAUCCCCUCUCUGUGCCCACAGGCCCCAUCCAUAUUCCAAGAAGCACCAUGGAGUGUGCCAGAAACCACGUGUUUUCUUCUCGUGGGGCACCUGCCAGGCUAAUGUCCAACCUACUCUGAAUCCUUUGUGACUAUGCACACUCCUGAUCGCUUAGUCCAGGGUUCACGUUGUGCCACCCCACUCUGUGAAGACCUCCGUGUACACUGGUUAACAACCCGGUUCUGAGGCAGCAGAAGGGUGUGCACAGGGCCUUGGAUGUUCUAAGGUUGGGCUGUGUGGCAGGAGCAGACCUAAAGGAAGCCAGGAGUGGAGGGAGUUGCUGCUGUAGGGGUGAGCAGUGAGCCAGUUGUGGAUGCUGGUCUCUGCCCUCUUCUUCACAGGGCUGCCCCCUAGAGGGCUGUGUGGGGAAGGUUGAUAGGUAUUGGAUUUGGGGGAAGGAUGGGGGGGUGGGCCAAGACAGAGAAGCCAGCCCUGGAUCCUCCCCUGGGUAGUGAGCAGCACUGGUGGGGAGGCAGCAGGUACUUUGAUAACCCUGCCCCUCUCCCAGCGGUCUGCAGGGAACUGCGGAGAUGGCUAGACACGCAGAAGUCCUGGAGGGUGUGGAGUGUGUAGGGGGAGGUCACGCUGAGUCCUGUGUGCUGGGCGGAGUGCCGCAAGGGUCCGUUGGGGAGGGCUGAGAUUCGCCCUUGGGCCCUGUCCUGCGACAAAGGCUGAAGGGACAGGGACACUAGGGUCGAGGGGCGUCCCUGGCUGACCUCCCCUUCACCCCCCUCGUUCGGUGUAGAUGGCGGCGGCGGAGGCGGUGCAUCACAUCCACCUGCAGAACUUCUCCCGUUCGCUGCUUGAGACCCUCAAUGGGCAGCGGCUGGGUGGGCACUUCUGCGACGUGACAGUGCGCAUCCGCGAGGCUUCGCUGCGCGCACACCGCUGUGUGUUGGCUGCGGGCUCACCCUUCUUCCAGGACAAGUUGCUGCUCGGCCACUCCGAGAUCCGCGUGCCGCCGGUGGUGCCCGCGCAGACGGUGCGCCAGCUCGUGGAGUUCCUCUACAGCGGCUCGCUGGUGGUGGCGCAGGGCGAAGCCCUGCAGGUGCUCACGGCCGCGUCGGUGCUGCGCAUCCAGACGGUCAUAGACGAGUGCACGCAGAUCAUCGCGCGCGCCCAGGAGGGCGGUGACGACGAGGAGGAGGAGACCGAAGAGGAGACCGAUGGGGAGGACGGGGAGGGCGGUGGCCCAGGCGAGGGCCAGGCGCCCCCUUCCUUUCCUGACUGCAGUGCGGGCUUCCUGGCCACGGCGGCUGACAGCGUGCGCGAGGAGCCCCCUGCGCCCGCCGGCCUCUCGGACUACGGCGCUGGGAGGGACUUCCUUCGGGGGCCUUCGGCGGCUGAGGACGCGUUCGCGGACAGCUAUGUCUCCGCGUGGCAAGAGGAGGACAGCACAGCCGCGGAAGGCUGUCCCCCAGAGGCCCCGUCCCCACCUGACUGCGUCCUGUCCGGACCCCGCCCACCUGCCGUGAAGACCCCAGGGCCGCCUGUAGCCCUCUUCCCCUUUCAUCUGGGCGCUCCAGGGCCACCAGCACAGCCCCCUCCGGCACCCUCAGGGUCAGCCCCUGUACCCCCAGCCGCCUUCUACCCAGCGCUCCAGCCAGAGGCAGUCCCCAGCGCGACGCUGGGGGAGGCCCCGGCCCCCCCUGCCGCUCCCGCCCCGGCCCCUUUGGGUCCCCCCGCUCGCACCGCGGGCUCCGAGCCACCUGCCUAUGAGUGCAGUCACUGCCGCAAGACGUUCAGCUCGCGGAAAAACUACACCAAGCACAUGUUCAUCCACUCCGGGGAGAAGCCCCACCAGUGCGCUGUGUGCUGGCGAUCUUUCUCGCUGCGCGACUACCUGCUGAAGCACAUGGUCACGCAUACGGGCGUGCGCGCCUUCCAGUGCGCUGUGUGCGCCAAGCGCUUCACACAAAAGAGCUCGCUCAACGUGCACAUGCGCACGCACCGGCCUGAGCGCGCGCCCUGCCCCGCCUGCGGCAAGGUCUUCUCGCACCGCACGCUGCUGGAGCGCCACCUGGCCGCACACCCUGCGCCCUGAUCCGAGCCAGGCUCUCCGCGGGUUUGACCACGCCUCCACGGUCCCUCACGGCCUUUGUGGGGGUCUCAGUCAGUGGGGCUAAGCCAUGCCCACGGCAGGACCCCUAACAUCCCCACCAGCCGGGCCAAACCACCACGGUACCCUGACCACAACCAGACCACCACGUUGACCCCGGAGCGCAGGUACUACCCGUGUUCCACCGACCAGGGCCAAACCCCCACAUACUCAGACCCUUCCAAGUAGUGGCGACCCGACCACCCCUGAGAACUGGAUCAUCAGACUUGGGGCAGGGCUCAAGAUUCGUGGCUCCAAUUCCGAUUCACACACCGCAGCCUUCCCAGUGGGGUGGGGUCUAGGGCUGCUUCCCUCCUCCGGUGUCAGGCUGGGCGAGAUCCCUGGCGCCCACCCCAAGCCACCCCUCAUCUAGCACCUAAGGGGUCGCUCAGAUGGACCCAUCACAGACUGUGUAAUAAAGGACUGGCCCAUGGGCCCAAACUGGAAA